AUGCACCAAGCAUCUCCCGAGACCGUUGGCAAUGCUGUCAAGGAGUUUGGGGCUGAUUUUGUCCAAAAAGCAAAGCACGAGCUCGUGGGCCAUCUCAGCUCUACUGAUAUUGACGAACUGGCGGACUCGCUCAUUUCUCGUGCCAGUCCAGAUUUCCUAGAUAGGGUUCUUGCCAGGCGCCUUGAGACAAUAUCGGCACGGCAGCUUGUUAACGCCUUGGCACGCGCUGAGCGUCUAGGCUACAAUGUCCGGGACAUUGUUCGGGAACAUGAUGAACAAGUUAUUCCAUCUAUGCACUCGGUACUCACGUCAUCUACGAUACCUCCCGGAAAUGACACAAUGCGUGUGAAGCAUUACCAGCCUCGGCCUAUUCCUUCACAGCAGCUGCAGCAACCUCAGCCUCAGCCGCCGGUGCCUCAGCCAUUCGCUCGGGCACCACCGCUAAAGGCUUCGUCGCUCGACGACGUUCCUAUGGGUCCGCCAGAAAUCGUGUCGUGCAAUUGUGGCUGGCCGUGUGCCUCCGAAGAGGCCCUUAACUACCAUAAGAAGAAGAACGCUUGCUACAAGGUUCUGCCGACCGACCAGGCUGGAAGGGACAUAUGCGUCUUUUGUGGCUGCAGGUUCGGCAGUAAUGGCGGGAUACUGUAUCACGAGAAGUCUGAGGUCUGCGGACCGCGUACUGCAGAUACUUGCCAGAAGAUGAUGGAUCUAAUUGAGCACUUUCGCACACAUGGAAGGAGUGCACAUUACCGUGCUGCUCAUUCAUUGAUGACUCCCCGAGGUCGAACAAAGGCACCAUCAACUGAGCAUCAUGCAACUUUGGCCACGCCGACGUCAUCCCAGCCAUCAAGCACUCCUCAACGCGAUCCGUAUGCGCAUCUUACCCCCGAUAAGUACAGAGAAUUCAACGCAAUCAUGAAGACUGCCGAAGAGAAAUACGGGGGCCUCAUGAGAGAGGCCGCGCUUCUCGACGAACCGGAGAGAUCAAAGCGUCUGGCGGGCCUGAAGAAUUCUUACAACACAAAGCAAAGCACGACCCGCAAGAAGUUCGGCAUUCGUCUUCGUGAGAGGCGCACUCGAGAGGAGAUUGAGGCCGAGGAGAAUAGACUUUUCAACAGUCGAGGCGAUGCAGGAACGCCGACAAAUGGAACUCCUGUUCCUGACCACGAAUUUCGUCCAAAUAAGAGGCCCCGGACAGAUGAUAUGGAAGCAUCAGCAAGUGGAGUGAAUGGCAACCUCGAACCUCCACAGAAGAGAGUCUUCAGGGCAGAGAUGGGUGGUGGUUUAUCUGGAUCACAAGCGACUGCAGAACUUACUGAUCCCACAGCGCAUCUGAAUCCACCUCAGCCACGGUACACACCCCAGAAGCCGUCCGCCACCAAACCAGCUUGGUCUUCAAAGCGGAUUGGAGUACACGUGGGGACUCAGGAGGAUCCCAUGUCAAUUGAUGAGGACGACUCUGAUACGGACAGCGACAGCGAUAGUGACAGUGACGGCGACAUUCCGGCCACUCUCAACUAA